CACUCAGCCCAUUUCCUGUUUUCAAAAGGAGAACUCAGAAGUGCGGCAGACACUCAGCCAUCUAGUUGGACCUUGCAAAAAGAGAUCGGAGUGGAGCAUGUGACUCUCCUGGACCCCAAACCCACAAAGCCUGAAGAUCCCAGCUCAGGCAGCCUUGGAGCAUGGCAAGUCCAGAGCAUCCUGGGAGCCCUGGCUGGAGAGGACCCAUAAACCAAUGCAGAACAAGAACCAGACAGGAAGUAUUGCCCCCAGGCCCAGACCUCCCAGGCCCAGGACCAGAAGAAGCCCAAGAUGGCCCGAGCUCCAAUUCCAGCAUGACCACCAGGGAGCUCCAGGAACACUGGCAGAAGGAGAAGAGCCGCUGGAAACACGUCAGGCUGCUCUUUGAGAUCGCCUCAGCCCGCAUUGAGGAGAGGAGAGUCUCCAAGUUUGUGAUGUACCAGGUCGUGGUCAUCCAGACCGGGAGCUUCGACAGCGACAAGGCGGUGGUGGAACGGCGCUACUCGGACUUCGAGAGGCUGCAGAAGGCCCUCCUGAAGCGCUUCGGGCCGGAGCUGGAGGACGUGGCGUUCCCGCGGAAGCGCCUGACGGGGAACCUGUCGGCCGAGACCAUCUGCGAGCGGCGCCGGGAGCUGCGCGACUACCUGCGGCUGCUCUACGCCGUGCGCGCCGUGCGCCGCUCGCGCGAGUUCCUCGACUUCCUCACGCGGCCGGAGCUGCGCGAGGCCUUCGGCUGCCUGCGCGCCGGCCAGUACGCGCGCGCGCUCGAGCUGCUGGGUCGCGCGCUGCCGCUGCAGGAGAAGCUGACGGCGCACUGCCCGAGCGCCGCCGUGCCCGCGCUCUGCGCCGCGCUCGUCUGCCUGCGCGACCUCGAGCGGCCGGCCGAGGCCUUCGCGGUCGGCGAGCGCGCGCUGCGGCGCCUGGGGGCGCGCGAGGGCCACCGCUACUACGCGCCGCUGCUGGACGCCAUGGUGCGCCUGGCCUACGCGCUGGGCAAGGACUUGGAGGCGCUGCAGGGCCGCCUGGACGAGAACCAGCUCCGGAGGCCCACGCACAGGGGAGCCACCCUGAAGGAGCUCACCGUGCGCGAGUAUCUGUCCUGAGGCGGCCCGACGGGUGCCCUGGCAUCCAGGCUGCGCGGACAGAGCCGUGGGUCGCCAUUGCCGGUGGGCUUUGCUGGACGGCUUUGGACAAGCCUUGAGGGGCUCCUGGGACCUCUGGAAGAGUCAUCUUGUGACCCUUGAGUGCCAGAUUCUCUAAAUCCUAAACCCACAAGCUCAGCUAUCAAAACUUUGCAAGUACUAUGGGCCUUACGUACCAUCUCGGGAUGGGAAAGACUUGCCUACCGCACAGAAUAAGUUCAAGGCCAGCCUAGGCAGUUUGCUGAGACUGACUCCAAAUAAAGAGGCCUGAGGAUGUGACUUAAUGGC